AACCACGAGAAUGCCAUGGCACCUCCGAGGCUACUUGAGGGCAUUGAAGAUUCAACCAGCUACGAUGUCCAAGAUUCCUCUGAGAUGCUUGCUUGUUGCAGGAAGUUUUUAUAUAAACCGUCGUUCCCAAGAUGCUAUGUGCUUCGGGAGCCUGCUUGUCGGAUUAACAGAGAUCUAUACAUCGUGUGCCAAGCUGGCUCUCGUUUGAUUGUGUAUCGGACUGAAUUCGUAGACGGAAGGUUACUGCCCAGUUGCAACUACAUUCCUCUCAGGCUGCAUCUUGAUAUGAACAUAAUUAUGCGUGAUAGUAACACAUCUGGGUGGCAGAGUCAUGUGAUGGAACAGCCUUCUCUGAGGUAUUUCAUGGUCAGGAGCUUAACAAACAUCUAUGCUGUGUCAUACAAACCAGAUGACAUCUGUGAGUUUGAACUUAGUAGGCCAUCUUCCAAUUUGCUUAAAACUUCAAGGCCUGCUGGUGUUUGUUUUGCGGUGGUUCUUCAUGUUGGUCAUCGCAUUGUUGCUGUCACUCAUUCUCUCGAAGUUUACCUAUUUGUGCCUCCGACAUCCAGGUUUUGUGCUCCUACAGACUGUUGGAAGCAUCACAAGACAAGUCGUCCUGAUCAUUUUUUGAACAGGAGUUUUGAUCUGUCAGGAUAUGUUGUCUUGGGUGCUGAUACCUUCAUAGUUUCUGACAACAAAACAUGCAGGUGUUUUCUGCUUAACCUGAAUGUCAGAGAAUGGGAAGAUGUUUUACCUGAUGUUGAAAGUAGGACCUUGUUAUUUCAUGAUCCGCUUAUCUAUGGAAGGCAACGUUUAAAUGGGAGAUCCAUAUAUUUUGCUGGUUAUAUCUACUCAUGCACAAAUUGGGGCCUUGUUGCUUAUGACUUUCAUGAUGGCCUCCUCCACGAUGAAAUCAGUUUGCCAUUUUCAUGGCGUAAGACUACGUGGGAGGGCGAAAGCAUGUGCUUGGAUUUUGUUGGUGCAGAGCAAGGUGCAGUUGUAUUUUGUGUAGUGCAAGGUGAAUGUUUCUCUGGUCCUCACGGCCAGGAUGUGUAUGUCACCAUUGUCCAAGUUAAGACGACAAAAACGCCUGUUGGUAAAUUUAGACCAGCGAGUAUCGAUCACGUGGAUAUUGCUACAUGUUUAAUUCCGCUUGAAGACGGGGUGGUCAGUACUAGGAGCUGUUUUUCAGUCGAGCAUUGAUUCGUGGUGCUUCAUUAUUUGUAUAUCACACGUGUUCUCAAUGCACUGUAAUAUUGAUAACACGCUGUAUCUACUCUGAAGCC